AUGGCCCAGCCCGGCCCAGCCCCUUCGUGUUGCUGUCGGGGGUGGCGAGGAAGAGGAGGAGUAGAAGAUCGGCGGAGGCGGGAGGUGGAUGGGGGACAAGGACUUGGGAGAAGCGAUCCCGACCGGCAGGAAGUCCCAAGAAGCGGGAGGGCUCUGGGUUCUAAGGCCAGAGAAGGGUGGCGGGCUGCUUCUGCUGCUUACCUGUGGUGCCCGGGCGGAGCCGCAGCCGCGCGGCUGUGCAGCUCACCGGUUUCCCGACGGGACGUCCUGGAGGGCGGGGCCGGGGCGGGCCCUGCACGACCGCUGGAGCUCGUCCUCCCCGCCCCUCCCGGGUCAGGUGCCGGGGGCCGAGCUCCCCAGCAUUACUCUGCGCCGCGGAACGCCGGCUUGCUGCGGGGCCGCCCCUCGGCCCAUGCACCCCGCCCCCGCCGCCGCGGCUGGGAUCCCGGCUGCUCCGGCUUCUCCAGAUCUCAGCAAGUUCCGGGGGCCAGUCUCCGCGGCCAGGCUCUCGGCGUCGAUAAAGAUUGGAGGGUCCCGGCCAUCACAAAGACGACAGGCGUGAGCCGCCCGCAUGUGCUUGGAACCGCAGCGUGUGGCGCGCGGGCUCAGUGGCCGUGUGGCCGCAGCGCUCAGAGUCUGGAGGAAGAGCCUCGGGAGCAGAGAAACGCCGCGGGACAGAGAGGCGCCCUGGGGCUCCGUCCCAGGAUUGCUUCUCAUCGGGAGAAGUGGUCUUGA